CAGCAGAUAAGCUGCAAGGCAGAUGGGGGCUGUUCGCGGGGGCUCUUGAGCUUCAGCUCAGAGAGAGAGGAUCAGUGAGCCCUGUCUACCCCACGCAGCUAGUAGGUGCAGAAGGAGGAUGGCCAAGGGUUCUGCGUUGGUCUCCUGCUCUAGCGGUAGCACUAGGAGCGGGGAGAGCUGGGACCAGUCGUAGGGCACUGCCCCGAGCCUCCUGGAUUUGCAGCGUGGGGAGCAGCCCACCCAGAGAACUCUGGGCUUUUCUCAGGAUGAGGGGGAAGACGUGGGAUCUGGACCUCAUUUCCCCUGCACCGCCGGGGCUCUGGCUCUGGACACGUAGUUUGUUGUCACCGUGAGGUCCACAGCACGCGUGAGGGGCCAGCGUCCCAGGGAAUUCCCAGGCCCCGAGGAGACUCGUGAGGCUUCCGUGACCUCACAGACCCCGCCCGACCCUCCCGCGGGGGCGGGGCUCCAAGCUCCCGGGCUCGACCCCGGGCCCCCAAGGCCGCCAAGGGCGCCGAGUCCUGCUUCUGCCUGGCUCGGGACGCGCCAUGGGACAACUGGUCACCAAGAUGAUGAGCAUCUUCGGGAAACAGGAGCACAAGGUUAUCAUCGUGGGACUGGACAAUGCAGGAAAGUCCACCAUUCUCUACCAGUUCCUGAUGAAUGAGGUGGUGCAUACGUGUCCCACCAUCGGCAGCAACGUGGAGGAGAUUGUCCUGCGGAAGACCCACUUCCUCAUGUGGGACAUAGGGGGACAGGAGGCCCUGCGCUCCACCUGGAACACCUACUACUCCAACACUGAGUUCAUCAUCCUUGUGAUUGACAGCACAGACCGGGAUCGGCUGCUGACCACUCGGGAGGAGCUGUACAAGAUGCUGGCCCAUGAGGCUCUGCAAGAUGCUUCCAUCCUGAUCUUUGCCAACAAGCAGGAUAUGAAGGAGUCCAUGACCACUGUGGAGAUCUCCCAAUUCCUCACCCUUAAUGCCAUCAAAGACCACCCGUGGCACAUACAGGGCUGCUGUGCCCUCACUGGGGAAGGGCUGCUUGCUGGGCUCCAGUGGAUACAGUCCCAGGCCACUGCCAACUGAUGUCCUAGCCUGAGGCCAACCAGAAACUUGGGGGUUUUGUGUGGACUCCAUGGGUAGAAGAGCCGAGUGACUAUUUAUUACUUUUCUACAGUGCUCUGGUGGGAGCAGGGCCAGCUGUGGACAGUGAGAUUGCUGCUGCCCACCCACCUCCCCACAGAGGAGCUGGACUGUACACCCUGGCCUGACUGCGGCGGCCUGGACUGUAGCAAAAGCUGUCCCUCACUCCACAGAAGCGGCGUCCUUCUUGGAGACACCAGGAAGCUGUUAGGAGGAUUGGGAAUUGGAGCCUCCUCCCCUCAGCUCUCAGGCUCUCUCUAGGAAAAACUGGGUGGGGAUGGGGCGGGCAGAAUGAGAGACUCUGUUUCCUAGAACCCCAUCCUCAACCCUCUGACCACCACCCUAACUUUCUGGCCCCUCAGCCAUCUUUGGGCAAAGGAUAUUCUAGAAAGGUGAAGGGGUGGGCUCGGGGGAAGGAGGGCAGACCCCAAACCUGGGAGGGGACAGGGAGUGGGACAGGACAUCCCAGACAGGAACAGCCCUUGGCGCUGAAGGGAGUCCCACUCCUCCCUGGCCUCCCCAUUCCCUGAGAUGCCGCCUCUGACCUCAGCUUUUGAACUUUAAGCCACUCCAUCCACGCCCUUCACUCCCAGUGUCCUUCCGAUGUAAAUCCCGCUCCUGCCAAGUGUCCACCUUGUCUGUCUUUUCGUAAUAUUUUUUUCACAUGGUAUUAAGGUUUUUAUAAAUGUGCAAUAAAUGCCAUUGAAAGGUA